AUGAUUUGUGUACCUGACAAGCAAGAAUGCAUGACUUGCAACUACACUACAGCAGCUGAUAGUGGCAAUGACGAAAAUGCAGUUGAAAAAAACAGUGAUCUGAGCGUGUCUUUACCACAACCAUCCUCACGUUUUAACUCAAGCGGAAAAGAACGCAAAAAGUGCAAUGCAAAAAGGCCUGUUCUUUUUUCUGAUUUGGAAAGUGAUGAUAGUGACGUUAAAACACUGCAGUUGUCUAUAUUAAAAUACAUUAUUAUUUUAACAGGUUUUCAAGGCUCAGUUCUUUCAUUUCAACAAAACGUUGUUCGAUGGAUGCGCAACAACAGGUGCUGCAGUGAGAACAGUUUAAUUAGCAGUCCAAUUAAAUGUUCGUUGGUUUAUGAUACGGACGUGAUCACCACUAUCGAUGAGUAUAUGGAAUUUGAACAAAAUCUAUCGGAUGACUCGUUUCUAUCUGUAAAACUGACGCAACUUCGCCUUGUUGGAGGAUACGAUUGGAGAUAUGGCGUCAAAAGCCUCGUGAAACGUGUUAUGAGCAGAGAUGUAAUGGCUAAUUUAAACAUGCAGGGUCAUAGUAAAGGAACAAAUAAAAAAAUAAAAUUUGCAGAUUCAAAAGUAUACCGAAGACAUCUACAUUUAGAUUACUAAAAGGUGUUUAAGUAAUAGACGUCUAAAAGAUUACUGAUAAGAGACGUCUUAAUGACACGUGAUAGGCAGAUAUCUUACAGAUAACCAGUAUAAGUUGUCUCAAUGAUAUCCGAAUUUACACGGCUGUAAGAUGUUAUCAUCGCGAUGGCUUUAAGAUGACUCAAAUAAGCUGUCUCAAAGAAAUCAGAAUUUAGCCGUGUACAAUGCGAUACAAUCUCGCUGUAUUUUAGAUUUCUUAAAUAAGAUAUCUCAAAUCCAUCGGCAGUUAGACGUCUAAAAGGUGUUAACAUUUAGGUUGUCUUUUAGAUUUGAUUGAGACGCCGGUGGAAGACGUUAAUUAGGCGUCUCAAAGACAGUUUUGUGCCGGCUGGGAAAGUGCUGUAAAGCUUAAAAUCACUUAUAGUUUAAAUUCUAAAAUUAAUUGUGUUUUUGCCAUAGCAAAUAAAUAUAAAUCGCAAGCAAU